AUGUAUCCCCGCCGUUCACCUGUUUCUCCGCCUCCACCCGUGUGGCUAACAUGGAGAAAUUGGGAAUCUGUGGCAGUGGGUGUCUCAGACCUCCCUAAGGAAACCAGCACCUACGCUCUAUGGGACGCUUUUUCGAACGAGGGCAACAUCUUCUCCAUCGAUAUUUUCGAAGACCGCAACGGUAACCGAUCAAGCCGUGGGCGGAUUCGCUUCAAGCCCCCUCCUACCAGAGAUUUUUGGUCAAACCAAACCUAUCCCUUUAAAUUGCGCAAUGGCCUAAUCUGCUACCUCCAGCUCAACAUCGAACUGAAUUCUUAUGAGCCGUGGGUGCCCAGCCCCGUUCGUGAGGGUGUAUUCUAUCCAACAGAAAUUGAACUCUAUCUAUCCAAAUUGGAUGUUGGAGUCUGCCCAGAUGAGAAAACAUUCUUUCCAAUGCGCACAUUCGAGAGUUCCAACUCCCUAAAAUCCGUUUGGGACGUCCGAGCCCGAGCACUCUAUAUAUUUUUUGAGCUGGCAAUCCGUCAAUCCAGUUCAAAGCGCACAGGGGUUGUGACGCCUCCGUCUUUGUAUCGGAUCCGAAUGAAGUUUUUUGAGCUCUCAAAAGUAUGGGAAAUGAAGAACAACGGCACGAGCGAGCAUUGCUACGUCAUCGUGCUUGACGCUCCUCCUAUCUUUCACCGUCAAACUUCUACCACCGCAUUCAACUCGGAGAUUACCUGGAGAGCUUCUGAUACAUGGUAUCGUCAGACUUCUGUUGUCCACAACCCUUUGUCCCAGGCGAACAUCUCUACCAACCUGCGCAAGUCGGGCCAGAUCAUUGACACAGGCAGAUGGAACGUAUUCAAGAUCACGUUCUCCCGAGACGAUGUCCAUAAUUUAAAGGUCAUUCAAGAGAUCUUGAAGGACCACAAUAUCAUCAUCAAUGAUGGCAGUUUCACGGAAUCCACUGUGCGUCCUCAAGCAGUUUGGAAAUGGAUUGACCAUACAGAAUCAACGCAUGGCAUGUCCAUGCUCGAAAACCUGUAUGACCAGGAUUUUGUUCACCUGCCAUUCUCUGUCCGCUACCAACUCGAAGUAUGCCUCUCAAACAGAUAUUUUUCGGAGUUCGCAGUGCUCAGAAAAUUUCUCUUGAAGCUCAUGGAGCUCGGAGAAGCCGAUGCCAAGGCUCUCCUGGAACAUGUGGCUACAAGCAGGAAGAGCUAUAUUGACCCCAUGCAGAUCUUCAAUCUGCAGUUCCGCAAACCGAAGUCCAAGCUUAGCAAGCAUUGCUGCUACAUGCGCAGCGCCAGGGUGACACCGACAACUAUUUACUACAGCACACCUACUGUGGAUACUUCCAACCGUGUCACUCGCCGGUACAUUGAAUUUGCGGACCGUUUCCUUCGGGUUCGAUUUACAGACGAGGUAACCCAGGGUAGGAUACAUUCCAGCUUCAACGAUAGCAAUGAUGAAACGUUCACUCGGGUCAAAAGAACCCUGACUAGGGGCAUUACAGUAGGGGACCGUCACUAUGAAUUUCUAGCUUUCGGAAACUCCCAAUUCCGUGAACAUGGUGCCUAUUUCUUUGCUCCGACGCCAGACCUAACAGCCGCUCAUAUUCGGGCUUGGAUGGGUCAGUUCAACCAUAUUCGGAACAUCGCAAAAUUUGCCGCGCGACUGGGUCAGUGUUUCUCUACUACUCGCCCUGUCUCUGGUUGUCGAGUUGAGAUUAAAAUGUGCGAGGAAGUCGUCCGCAACGGCUUUACCUUUUCGGAUGGAGUCGGUAAAAUCUCCAGGUUUCUCGCGGAGAUGACCGUGACCGACCUCAAUAUUGAAACGAGGACCGGGAAACCACCCUCUGCAUUUCAGUUUCGUCUUGGGGGCUGCAAAGGUCUGCUGGUUGUUUCCCCGGACCCUCAGCCUAAGGAGAUUCAUAUCCGCCCCAGUCAGCUCAAGUUUGAAGCCAAGGCAAAUGGACUAGAAAUUAUUCGCUGGUCACGAUACUAUCCCGCAACGUUGAAUCGCCAAAUGAUUCUCGCACUGUCGGCUCUCAAGAUCCCGGAUAGAGUAUUCCACCAAAAGCUUAACAUCAUGCUCGAGGACUUAAAUUUAGCCAUGAGCCAAGUCGAGCCCGCAGUUCGCCAGCUCCACAGGUUUGUUGAUCCCAAUCAUAUCACGAUCAGUCUAGCUCGCAUGGUGAGGGAGGGAUUCAUGCAGAUCAAUGAGCCUUUUGUUACCUCAAUGCUCCAAUUGUGGAAAGCAUGGCAUCUGAAGAAUAUCAAGGAGAAAGCCCAUAUUGUGAUUGAUCAAGGUACAAAUCUGUUUGGCUGCAUGGAUGAGAUGGGAGUUCUGAAGGGCCAAUUCAAUCAUAGCCCCAGUCUUCGAACGGCAUCAUAUGAAGAGAGAAUUACUGCCGUUCCUGAGAUAUUCGUUCAAGUUUGCCGCUUGGAAGGUGGUAAGCCUGAGGUCAUUAAAGGGCUCUGCAUAUUAGCCCGGAAUCCGUCUCUCCACGCUGGUGAUAUUCGUGUUGUGAAUGCGGUCGAUAAACCAGAGCUCAGAUAUCUUUGUGACGUUGUGGUUUUACCGAAGACUGGCGAUCGAGACCUGGCUAGCAUGUGCUCCGGUGGAGAUCUUGACGGUGAUGACUAUAUGGUAUUAUGGGAUCAAGACCUUAUUCCUCAGAAUUGGUUUAUGACUCCAAUGAAAUACAGCAGCAACAAAGCUCCCGAUAUGGACCACGAUGUCACCGUUGAUGAGAUCACAUCAUUCUUCGUGACAUACAUGAAAAAUGACAGCCUCCCUCGAAUUGCACACGCCCAUAUGGCUCAUGCUGACAGGCUCCCCGGUGGUGUUCUCGAGACCAAAUGUCAACAGCUUGCGAAAUUGCAUUCUGAUGCGGUUGACUACGUCAAAACAGGAAGUGUUGCAAACAUGGAUCGCGAUUUGGAGCCUCGUCAAUGGCCACAUUUUAUGGAGAAGAAGCACAAACGCCCAGAACAGAUCUACAAAUCGCGAAAGAUCCUAGGUCAGAUUUACGAUGCAGUGGAGACGAAAGAUUUCGCACCAACACUCAACCUACCGUUCGACGCUCGAAUCCUGAAUUGCGAGCUUGUCCCUGCCAGUGAACAAUACCUUGAAUUUGCAGCAGAUUUAAAAGUCAAUUAUGAUACCGCAGUGCGUCGAAUUAUGGCACAGUUUGACAUCAAGACCGAAUUUGAGGUCUGGUCCACUUUCGUCAUGUCCCACAACUGCCUCUGUCGUGACUACAAGAUCCAUGAAGAUCUAGGCCGCAUAACUGGAUCUCUCCGCGAGGGUUUCCGGCAUACAUGCUAUGAAAAGGUCGGCGGACGCACGUUUGAAGAAACUGCCCCGUUGGUUGUAGCCCUUUACCGCGUGACGCACGAAGAGAUGGCAUACACACUGCAAGCCCAAAAAAAUCCGGUUCUCAAUGAUUACGACGAUACAGACGAAGCAGGCAGCGAGGAAGGUGGCAAGAUACAGCUACCGCUCAUCAGUUUUCCAUGGAUUUUUCAUGAGUUCCUCGGCAAGAUAGCGAUAGGCAAUUUCAAUAUGCCAGUUGCAGAUGCGGUUGCCGAUGGCGAAUUGCCACAGGUCAAGAAAAAGAUUUACACCCAGGCGGAGGUGCAGAUGCUCCUUUCCGGAUUGAAGAGUUUUGCUACGGAAGCGGGCACAGAAUCUGAUUUAGUUGAUGUAAUUCCUCCGGAGAGUGCGCCUCCUGGUCAGAACAGUCCCCAGUGUCAUUACAGUGAUUCUGUAGCGGGUGUCAAUUCCCACACAUCUGGCUUCGAGUCAGAUGUUCAUCUGGGUAGACGCCACGAGAGCAAAGAGGAAGCUGAGCUGUGCACUGAUACAAGUUCCCAUAAGGCCUGUGAAGCGGGCGGCGAAAACCAUGAGUCUAGAGCUAUGGUCGAAAUUGUUGAGCAAGGUGGAGACGUGGAACCCGGCGCUCUGGAUGAUUUGCUUCGCUUGCUCGGUGGUGAUUGA